AUGGCUUCUUCUCGUCUCUCUCUCCGCUAUGUUCGCCGCUUCACCACAGUCGCCGGAGAUGCUACGACCACCGUAGACGUCGCCGCUCCGUCUUCCGGCAAGAUCUCUGUCUCCAAAGCUAAGUCGAUUCUCCGGAAAGUGCACGAUCCCGACAAAGCCCUUGAGAUCUACUCAAAUGUCUCCGAUCACUCCGUUUCGCCUGCUUCCUCUCACUACGCCCAAGAGCUCACUGUCCGUCGCCUCGCCAAGUGUAGCCGCUUCUCAGACAUUGAAGCCCUAAUCGAAUCCCAAAAAAAUGACCCCAAAAUCAAGGAAGAGCCUUUCUACUCGAACCUUAUCAGAUCUUACGGACGAGCCUCCAUGAUCGAUCACGCCAUGAGAGCUUUCGAGCAGAUGGAUCAGUACGGUACACCAAGAUCAGCUGUUUCGUUCAACGCUUUACUCACCGCUUGCCUCCAUUCCCAGAAGUUCGAUAAAGUCCCCCAACUGUUCGACGAAAUCCCUCAGAGGUAUAAAAACAUCAUCCCUGACAAAAUCUCUUACGGUGUAUUGAUUAAGUCGUACUGUGACUCUGGUUCCCCGGAGAAAGCCAUUGAGAUUAUGAGACAGAUGGAAAGUAAAGGCAUGGAAGUAACCACCAUUGCCUUCACCACCAUUUUGGGUUCCUUGUACAAGAAAGGUGAACUCGAGGUAGCUGAAAGCUUGUGGAAGGAGAUGGUGAAGAAAGGCUGCGAAUUGGAUAACGCGGCGUACAACGUUCGUCUAAUGAGUGCUCAGAAGGAAAGCCCUGAAAGGGUUAAUGAGUUGAUCGAUGAAAUGAUCAGUGUGGGGUUGAAGCCUGAUACGAUUAGCUAUAACUAUCUCAUGACUGCGUAUUGCGAGAAAGGAAUGUUGGAGGAAGCUAAGAAAGUCUAUGGAGGCCUCCAAGUGAACAGCUGUGCUCCCAACGCGGCUACUUUCAGGACGUUGAUAUUUCACCUGUGUUACAGCGGUUUGUACGAGCAAGGCUACGCCAUCUUCAAGAAGAGCGUGUCUAUGAACAAGAUUCCGGAUUUCAACACUCUGCAGCAUUUGGUUGUUGGGUUGGUGAGGAACAAGAAAACAGAUGACGCCAAAGGGUUGAUUAGAACGGUGAAGAAGAAGUUCCCUCCUAGUUUCUUGAAUGCGUGGAAGAAACUCGAGGAGGAGCUCGAGCUGUACUCAAAGACUGAUGCUUCUUCGUCUUCUUCUGCUUAG